AUGGAGGAAGCCCUGGUGGAAGUGGAGCCCAAGGCCGCGCAGGCCCAGCCUCCUGAGAGCACCGCGCCCGGGAAGGCCUGGAAGGCCAAGAAAAGACCCCUGUAUCUGACGGCGGUUCCAGCCGGCCUGAUUAAGUUGCGCAAUUUACCAAAGACAAGACACCGGGCUGGGGCCACACCCCCAGCUACCAAGAAACCUCGAGAACGGAAUGAAAAUUUGGAGGGGUCCUGCGGCUGGGGCUGUGUACUUAUUCCCAGCUGUCAGCGUUUUAACAACAUGCGCUGCUUCCUGAUUUUCUACGGCAUCCUGGUGACCUCUCAAGGUAUUGUGUUUGGUCUUGUAGAUCUGAGCAUUGACACUCUUCAGAAGAACAAUCGUCUGAAAACCAUUGAGAAUUUAGUGUUGUCCUCGAGUUAUGAUAUUUCAUCUUGCUUGGUAGGGGUGUUUAUGGCAUACUAUGGAGGGAGAGGAAACAUACCAAGAUGGAUUACAGUUUCUUCCUUUUUAAUAGGGUUUGGAUCACUUUUAUUUGCUUUUCCAUACUUUAGUGGUGAAGAUUUUCCAUUGAAUGUAGAAACUGAAGAUAUUUGCCAAGAAAUGAAGAUAACCAAAGCUUGCAAGAAAGCUUCAUCACCAUUCCGAUCAAAAUAUGUAUCUUUCUUCAUCCUUGGGCAGAUUGUGCAAGGAAUAGCAGGAAUACCUCUUUAUAUCCUUGGAGUAACCUUUCUUGAAAACAACGUUGCCACACAUUCAACUGGUAUUUAUCUAGGCAUUUUGGAAGCUUUAGGAAUACUCGGAUAUGCUUUGAGUUAUGCAAUAGGAGCAUCCCUAAUUAAGUCCUCUGAGAAUAGUAAUUUUGAGAAAAACGUUGACAACAGUGGUAAUCAACACUGGCUGAAGACUUGGUGGAUUCAUUUUGUUUUUGUCUCAAUUAUUACAUGGUCUACAUUAAUACCAUUGUCAUGUUUUCCACCCAGUAUACGAGGUUCAGCAAGGAUAAAAGCUGGGAAACAUAAACAGCCUAAAGAUCAGGAAUUUGGAACUAGUAUCAAGGAUUUAUUUGCUACUAUUUGGAUGCUGUUGAAGAAUUCAAUGUUUGUGUGCCUAUCUCUGUCCAGAGCUUCAGAAUCUUUAAUUAUGAUUGGAGCUUCUGAAUUUUUGCCUUUAUAUAUAGAAAAUCAAUUUAUGCUAACACCCAGUGAGGCAACUACACUUGCAGGACUUGUUUUAAUUCCAGGAGGUGCACUUGCCCAGCUUCUGGGAGGUAUCAUUGUUUCCAUAUUACACAUGUCUUAUAAAGCACUUAUGAAAUUUAUAAUGGUUACAUCUACUAUAUCACUUGUACUACUUGCAUUUGUAAUUUUUGUACGCUGUGAUCCAAUACCAUUUGCUGGGAUCAAUGAAGAUUAUGGCGGAACAGGGCAGUUGGGAAACCUGACAGCUCCUUGCAAUUAUCAUUGUAGAUGCUUAUCUACAGUCUAUUCUGCUGUAUGUGGAAGAGAUGAUAUUGGAUAUUUUUCUCCUUGCUUUGCAGGCUGUACAAAUGUUAAAACAUUAAACAAUCGCAAGACAUACUACAAUUGUUCUUGCAUUAAAGAAGGAUUAACAACUUCAGAUGAAGAAGGUGAUUUUAUUGAUGCUAGAGUUGGGAAAUGUGAUACAAAGUGCUAUAAAUUACCUUUGUUCAUUGCUUUUAUCUUUUCUACAAUUGUAUUUUCUGGUUUUUCUGGUGUACCAAACAUCCUGACCAUCCUUCGGACUGUAUCUGACAAACAACGUUUUGUGGCCUUGGGUAUGACCUAUGUGAUUUUGAGAAUAUUAGGGACUAUACCUGGACCAGUAGUUUUUAAAAUUGUAGGAGAAAGUUCUUGUAUCUUUCGGGAUGCUGGACGCUGUGGAAACUUAGGAAGUUGUUGGAUCUAUAACAAGACAAAAAUGGCCUACCUAUUGGUUGGAGUAUGCUUUUUUUGCAAAAUAUUUACUAUCUUCUUCACUGCUAUUGCAUUUGGCUUAUGCAAAUAUUUACCAAAGGAAAACAGUGACAUCCUGCCUACACUUGUGAAGCAUCUAAAAGUAAAAAAAAAGGAAAGAACUGAUUUAUAA